GGCUGUGUUUUUGAAGGAAGAAAAAUGCUGAAUUGGGUUGGAGGAAUUCGCCAAAAUAGGAAAACAUGGCUAGACUGGCCGACUAUUUUAUUGUUGUCGGACACGACCACGAAAAGAGCGGUUCAGGUGAUGGAAGUGGUAAAAUUAUCCAGCGCUUUCCUAAAAAGGACUGGGAUGGCACAGCUUUUCCUCAGGGUGUGGAGAUGUUCUGUCAGCCAGGGGGAUGGAGGCUGUCUCAUGAAAGGAAACCUCCGACCUUUUUUACAGUGGUGCUGACGGACAUCGAAUCGGACAGACACUACUGCUCCUGCCUGACCUUCUACGAGGCUGAGGUCAACCUGCAGACACUGCAGAAUGAUGAUGAGGAAGAUGAGGAAGACGAUGGUCUAAUCCAGCCAGCUGAGGCGUUUGCACCCAAAAGUCUGAUCCUCGUCUCCAGGCUGGAUUAUCCAGAAAUUUUCAGGGGCUGUUUGGGGCUGAUAUACACAGUUUACAUUGACAGUCUGAACUUCCCUCUGGAGGGUCUGGUGGCCAGCCUCCUCACAUGCACUGUGCCUACAGCAGGAGGCUCCCAGAAGCUCUUUUCUCUGGGAGCUGGAGACCGGCAGCUGAUUCAAAUCCCUCUUGAUGACAGGUUGCCAAUAACCAAUAAAAGUGUGGCUCUACUCUUCCAGCAACUAGGCAUCCAGAACGUUCUGAGUCUUUUUUACGCAGUUUUGACAGAACACAAGGUUUUGUUCCAUUCAACCAGCUACCAGAGACUUGAGGAGGCCUGCCGAGCAUUAGAAGCCCUGAUGUUUCCUCUCAAAUAUAGCUACCCGUACAUUCCCAUCCUCCCAUCUGGGCUGUUGGAGGUGCUCAGCUCGCCCACUCCCUUUAUCAUCGGGGUACAUUCUAUGUUCCAGAUUGAGAUUCAGGAGUUGCUGGAUGUGAUCAUCGCUGACUUAGAUGGUGGAACAAUAAAAAUCCCAGAGUGUAUCCACCUGUCCCAGCUCCCCGAGCCUCUGCUACAGAAUACACAGACCACACUGUCUAUGGUAUUACAUCCAGAUUUGGAGAUAGCGGACAAUGCUUUCCCUCCUCCACGUUCUGCUCCAUCCAACCUCAAACUGCUGGACAAGGAGGUAAGAGCUGUCUUCCUGCGCUUGUUUGCACAACUGUUCCAGGGCUACAGGUCCUGUCUGCAGCUCAUUCGCAUCCAUUCCGAACCAGUGAUUCACUUUCACAAGGCUGCCUUCCUCGGCCAGCGAGGCCUAAUCGAGAACGACUUCCUGCCCAAAGUGCUGGAUGGCAUGGCCUUUGCAGGGUUUGUGUCAGAAAGAGGGCCUCCUUACAGAGCCUGUGAUCUCUUUGAUGAGUUGGUGGCUUUGGACAUGGCCCGCUUCAAAGAGGAAGAUGAGAACCCAGCCAAGCUGCAGAAGCACGUGAAGGAGCUCUCCGAGCAGCUCUACAGAAACGAGAACCCCAACCCCCAUAUGGCCUUUCAGAAAGUACCUCGACCUAGCGAAGGCUCUCACCUUCGAGUUCACAUGGUGCCGUUUCCCUUGAUAAGCGAGGAAAAAACGCAGGAGCUCAUGCAGGAGGGCCUAGUCAAACAGAGCCAUGCCACCGUCAGUACCCGAUCUGAAAGAAAGUGUGUGGUGCCUGCUGGUCCUCCAGUGGUGUCGAUCUCAGGGAAGGCCACUUCUGUGUUUAACAGUGCCCGGCGUCUUGAGGUGGUGAGAAGCUGCAUCGGAUUUAUUUUCGACAACAAAACGCUGGAGACUGAGAAGGCUCUUCCGGCUGCCCUGCGCGCUCUGAAAGGCAAGGCGGCUCGACAGUGUCUGACCGAAGAGCUCAGUCUACACGUGCAGCAAAACCGUGCCAUCCUGGACCACCAGCAGUUCGACCACAUAGUACGCAUGAUUAACUGCGCUCUUCAGGACUGCUCCAAUUCUGAAGAGUACACUGUCGCUGCAGCUCUGCUACCACUGACAACAGUCUUCUAUAGGAAACUGGCUCCUGGGGUGAACCAGUUUGCCUACACCUGUGUCCAAGAACACCCCAUCUGGACCAAUCAACAAUUCUGGGAGACCACCUUCUACUCAGAGGUGCAGAAGCAGAUCCGAUCCCUGUAUCUUAACACGCCUGAGGGGCAGCACCUUACCACAGCCACACUGAAGGAGCGGACGGCUAUGGACCUAGCAGCCGAGCAGCUACGCAUGUGGCCCAACCUGAACAAGGAAACGCAGCAGGAGCUGGUGAAGGGUGAGGAGAGCACAGUGUUCAGCCAGGCCAUCCACUACGCCAGCCUUAUGGUCUAUCUGCUCGUGCCCCUGGAUGCUAGCAAGAAUAAACUGCUCCGUACCACCGUACCUGCUGCUGACUGGGAGAGUGGCAGUAACAGCAUUGUUACCAACAGCAUCGCCGGCAGUGUGGCAGAAAGCUUUGACACAGAGAGUGGUUUUGAAGAGUCUGAGAACAGCGACAUUGCUAAUUCUGUGGUGAGGUUUAUCGCUCGCUUUAUUGACAAGGUCUGCACUGAAAGUGGCGUCACUCAAGAGCACAUCAAGAACCUGCACAGCAUGAUCCCAGGCAUUGUGGCCAUACAGAUGGAAACUUUGGAGGCUGUUCAUAGGGAAAGUAGGAGACUUCCUCCCAUCCAGAAGCCAAAGAUACUUCGUCCUGCUCUGCUCCCCGGAGAGGAACUGGUGAGCGAGGGACUCCGGGUGGUCCUGGAUCCUGAUGGACGCGAGGACGCCACGGGGGGACUACUGGGAGGGCCGCACAUGCUGCCUGCUGAAGGGGCUCUUUUCCUCACCACCUACCGUAUCGUUUUCAAAGGCACUCCUCAUGAUCCCUUAGUCGGGGAGCAGCCGGUGAUUAGAAGUUUUCCAGUGUCCACGCUGAUUAAAGACAAGAAGAUCACUAUUCAGAACCAGCUUCAGCAGAACAUGCAGGAGGGUCUACAGCUCAGAUCUGCCUCUUUUCAGCUCAUUAAAGUGGCUUUUGACGAAGAAGUGACUUCUGAAAUGGUGGAAGUCUUCAGGAAGCACCUCCAAAGGAUCCGUUACCCACAGUCCAUCUUUAGCACGUUUGCCUUUGCUGCAGGACAGACAGCUCCCCAGCUUCUCCUGCCCAAGCAGAAGGAGAGAAACACAGGCUUCCGCACAUUUUCCAAGACCAUAGUAAAAGGAGCUAAACGAGCAGGUAAAAUCACCAUGGGACGCCAGGCCACACUGCAGAAGAAAAACGAAAAAGGCAGCCGAAGCAUCUGGCACGAGGACGACGACAUCUCAGUGUCAGAUGACGGCGAGCCUCCCGCCAGCAACACUCUGAAGGCCUCAGACAAGUCCACCAUGGAGCAGUUGGUGGAGCAAGCUUGCUUCCGUGAUUAUCAGAGGCUGGGCUUCGGUACCAUUACUGGCAGCUCUUCACGCUCCAAAAGCGGAGAGCAGUUCCGUGUGACGGCCGUCAACAGACUCUAUUCGCUCUGUCGCAGUUACCCUGCUUUACUGGUGGUGCCACAGUCAGUGCAAGACAGCAGUCUACAGAAGGUAGCACGCUGCUACAGACAUUACCGGCUACCUGUGGUGAGCUGGAAACACCCUCGUACCAAGGCAGUGCUGAUGCGAGCUGGCGGCUUCCAUGGCAAAAGUGUGGUGGGACUGUUUAAGUCACAAAACCCUUCCACAACAGCUUCUGCCUCAUCGUCUGAAUCGUCCAGCAGUCUGGAGCAGGAGAAGUACCUACAAGCUAUCCUCAGCUCCAUCCCGGUCUACUUUACAGCUAACGGAAGCAACACACUUUCCAACCGAUCUCUCGUUGGUCUUUCCCCAGCUACCGAAAGAAGGUCAUUAAGAAUUUCAAGGGUGGUUUCUGUCCACUUGGAUCUUCCCUUCGCCAACAGCUUCACCAGAGAAGUACUUGAGUACAAGGACAAACUAUUUACUCACACAAACCAACCUAAAGGGAGACUUCACAAUCAAGGUGUGUGGGCGAGUCUGCGUUCCAGCGGCAGCCGGUUCAGCCAGCAGCCAUCUGUGGCCGAGGUAGGGGUGCGGGUGCCGUGCAAGGAUCUGAUGCCUCCUUCAGGAGCCGGAAUUCUGCAAACCCAGCUCCUUAAGCAUCAAGCAGCACUGUACAUUUUUGGAGAGAAGUCUCACCUCAGGGGCUUCAGGUUGGACUCCAUGUUGAACUGUGAGCUGGUGCCUGUUGAAUUUGCGGACACACGGCAGGCCAAAUCUUCCUUUAAAAAACUGCUUCGGGCAUGCGCUCCCAGUGCGGUUCCCUCCGAUGCCAACGACUCAUUUCUUAAGGCCAUGGAGGAGAGCGAGUGGAUUCUACAGCUGCACAAGCUGCUUCAGCUAGCUUUGAUCCUAGUUGAACUGUUGGACAGUGGAUCAUCGGUGUUGCUGAGUCUGGAGGACGGCUGGGACAUCACCACACAGGUGGUGUCGUUGGUGCAGCUUCUCAGUGACCCGUUCUAUAGAACGUUAGAAGGCUUCCAGGUCCUGGUAGAGAAGGAAUGGCUGUCAUUCGGCCAUAAGUUCAGCCAGCGCAGCAACCUGACCCCCGGCAGCCAAGGCAGUGGCUUUACACCAAUCUUCCUGCAGUUCCUCGACUGUGUGCACCAGAUCCAUAACCAAUACCCCAUGGAGUUUGAGUUUAAUCAGUACUAUCUGAAGUUUCUGGCAUACCACUACGUAUCCAAUCGCUUCAAGGACUUCCUCUUGGAUUCAGACUACGAACGCCUAGAGCAUGGCACAUUGUUUGAGGAUAAAGGAGACAAGCAGGCCAGAAAAGGAAUCUGUAUCUGGGAAUGUAUUAAUCGAAUGCAUCGCAGGAGUCCAAUCUUCUUCAACUACUUGUACGGUCCUGUAGAGGCAGAGCCUGUGUUAAAACCACUCAUUUCCAUACCUAACCUGACCAAAUGGGAGGUGUACACGGCUGAAUCUCUGUCCACCGGACCCACGUAUGACUGGAGGAUGCUGGCUGUGCAUUCAGACAGCUCGGAGGAACCAGAUACCAUCGCCACCAGCAAGAGAAGGAUCGUCUGGCCCUGUUACAGCAGCGUAGCCCGUGCCCAGCCAGAUGCCAUCACCAAACUACUGGCUGACAUUGAGAGACUGGAAGGGGAGCUGGGGCAGAUACCAGAGAGAUGGCACAUCACUCUGGAGAAAGUGCGAACCACUGUGCAGGAGGACCUCAGACAGGAAGGCAACCUACGGAAACAAUCGACUUCCAUCUCAGGCCUGAUUCCCACCUCCAAUCUGCAGGCGUACCAGCGCCACUCCAUGCUGCACCUGCCCGACAGUGGCCUGGGGGAGGACAGCAGCCCCACAACUGCUAAUGGCAUGAGUCGACGAGCUGCCACACUCUACAAUCAGUUUACGCCCAAAAAUGAUGAAAACAGGUCAUUUGAAGGUGUCCUUUACAAAAGAGGGGCAUUGCUGAAAGCCUGGAAGCGUAGGUGGUUUGUUCUGGACAUAACCAAACAUCAGCUGAGAUAUUAUGAUACAGAUGUAGACAUCAGCUCCCGGGGUCAUAUAGACCUGGCUGAGGUGGAGUCAGUUGUGAUAGCAUCACCGACCAUUGGAGCUCCUAAAAACAUCAGUGAGAAGGCAUUCUUUGAUCUGAAGACCAUCAGGAGGGUGUACAACUUCUGUGCGGAGAACGCUCAAAGUGCCCAGCAGUGGAUUGAUAAGAUCCAGAGCUGCAUUUCAGACGCCUGAAGCCCACCUCAUUGGAUAAACAGGGUAAUAUCUGAGGAUGGACUCCUCAUGCCACAUCACUACCGUCUCCUUCCCUACAGGGAGACUCACUGUGCAUCGGUGCAGAGCAAAGCAAAACCUUCAGUGCCUGAAACAGGAGAGUCGGAAUAAGCUCAGAGGAGCACACUCUCCCUUAUCCACUACAACGAGUGCACUCCAAUCAGGCAGCAGAGUCACUGCCACACUGCUAAACUGCUAAACUGAAAUUCUUCUCAUUACGAGACUGUUUACCAUUCCACUCCAUUAUUUCUGAGCUUGGCUUAACCAGAGCUUAUCAGAUUCUUACAUUCAAAGGAGACAAAGCACUACCGUGCAGAACUGUGGGUUCUUAUUUUCAUAACUAGACGUGAUGCAAGGAUAGAUUUCUAAUAGGAAAUGAUUUUGCUGCUUAUUAGAGGCAAAUGAACCACCAAAAUGAUGCAGAUUUUUUUUAGAAAAUGCACAAUAUAACCAGGCAGUUUAUUUGCACUUACUUUGAUAAUAUGCACUCUAAAAAUAUAGAUUUUCUAACAUGGCAAAAAUGGCAAAAGCAUUACCUUCUGUAUAAAAAACAGUCUAUACAAAACUUUGCACACUGAACAUACAUAUUUUCAGAUUUGUUGUUAUUUAAGUCAUUGUGUGUUUUUAAUACAUGAAUGUGUCUACUUACUGAUAACCGGUCAGUUUUUGUAAUGUAAAUUAUUAUUGUUAUUAUUAUUUUUUAUCAUUUAAAGCAUAACUUGUAUGUUAAUAGGUGUUUAUUUUAUGUAAUUUUGUGUGACAGUUUCUUCUUUUUUUUAUUAUAUAGUGGUUCUGCGUUUCCAGCAUUUUAACUGAACUGAAAUGAAUAUAAGCUUUUACAUAUUAUCUGAUGUACUGACGAGAGUAAAGUGCUUCGUCUCUGUAAGCUUGCUCUGAAUGUGCUGUUUGACAAAAAGGAAAGUACACUACGCGGUUUUGUUUUCUUUUGUAUUGUACGUAUGUGUUGAAUUGCUUUUGACUGAAUGUUCAGAAACACUGUGGUUGGAAUCAUGGUCUGUGUCUUUGUCUGUUUUGAAUAAGCAAAAAAAAAAAAAAAAAAAUACACUACAGUCUUUACCUGUAUCUGACAAAUAUUUAACUUUUAUUCAUACACUAUGUUUUGGUGCCACUAAUGUUUUCAUUUGUUUUGUUGGUUGUUUUUGAAUAAAUCAGAAAUACUUGAAUAA